AUGACCCUCCACUUACUAGAUGCGACUCUUCAGAGCGGGCCACUGUUAUAUUCCUUCAAUUCCUUCAACUCAUCACACAAGCACCUACUAGCAUCAUGGAACUCGUCUCCUCAGUUUACCGAAGAUGCUGUUGCCAAGGAGGACCGUGUCUGUGGUCGACCUGCUUGCCGCAGCACAAUACUCAAAGGCGCUCCAUGCUAUUAUGUUGCCACCAUUGUGCCUGGCCAACCUGGUCGCUUCGUUUGUGAAGCAUGUUACUUGCGAUACUCACAGAAGCUUUCAACUUCGGUCCGACCCUCUUCAGUCCACCCUUCUUCCGCACAAUCACAGUUACUUCCAAAUCCUCAUAUCAUACGCCAGACCGUGAAUGCAGCACAACGCAAGUCAACUAUCAAUCCACCCCGUGUAGUACCCUUCUUGUCUCAGCCCUCCAGUAGCACUGCGCACAUAGGCCGCAUUUCAGGCCCAGAUAUCGCUGUGCCUCUAUCAUGGCAACAAUCGCCGGCUAGUUCCAACCCGAACAUGGUAUCUGGUGCUGCAGGGUAUUCUGUGCACCAUGCUCAGUAUGGUCUGGAGCGUGAACGAUGGGCUAAAUUGGCAUAUGCUCCGCCCCCUGCAGAGACCAUCACAUUAGAGAUAUCAGCUGUAUACGAGGGAAAUUCAUGGAAGAAAAGUGGGCGCGGCAUUAACUUUGGGGUGCAUUUGUUUUUCUUUCUAUCUCUCCAGGUUGCUGUUUUUCUGAUGCUCAUAAAUCAGAAUAUUUGUGAAGGAAAGAAGGACAUCGAUGCUCGCUUGGACGCCCCUGGGCUUAUACAAAUCGCUUUAGAUACUAUUCUACCGAAAAUCCUCACAUUUGGAAGGGGAUUUCCUUGGCGCACAGAAGAAUUUGUUGUCCGGGAUGCUACCUGGGUUGACCUAUCCGGACAUUUGCCUGCCAUUCCGUACUUCUUAGCUCAGUGCUUAGUCCAAUCUCGACGCGGACCAAAGACGACAACUUUCAAGACCAAGCAAUUCUUACUCAUGGUUGUUGUGCCUGCAGCGCAGUGGAGUGAGUAUGAGGCAUGGCUGGAUAAAACUGAAGAAGAAAAUAUCUUGCGUGAACAGCUCCAACGACACAGAUCUAUCAUUACUGUUACUGAAGAACGAGACCCUCGAACUUCCGGCACCAACUCAGAUGACCCAUGGGCCGCACAACAAGAGGAUGAAGACCCAUUUGGUCUUGACUUCGAAGGACCAGAUGCCUUAUCUACUGUGGGACGUAAUUCCACUGUUACUGACAGCUCAGCACAUAAUCCGACACGUCCAUCAGCAAAGCGGGCUCAUGUUCGCAGAGAGAGCGACUCCACAAAUAGUACUGUGUCACCUCCUCGCAAGAAGCCAGCACCUGGUGUAUUCCACCUUCCUGACCGUAAUGAUUUGAAAGAGGCCUUGAAAAGUGGAGGUAGUGUAGAUGCUGUGCGUGCACCUAAAGUUUAUGACUUCCGCAAUGAGGACAUUCAAUUCCAUCCAAUCCCUGUGCGCCCACUAGCCGAUAUCUUGAAGACUCCUCAGUAUUGUUCAUUCAAACCCAACAUCUCAAAUUCGUCUAUCGGACAACUCACUAUCGAUGUCCCCAUUCGCAGCAUGAUCGGUAUCGGUGCCUUUAAGACAGCUCAUCCAGGGUGGCUCACGCUAUCUCCCCUAUCCUCCAGUGGCCUUGGGUCGCGUGCUCAGCAGGAUGUUGUUGUCAAGCGGCCAUUUCACAGACCUCCCCCUCACACCCCUGGAUCCAGCAUCCUCAAGAUUUCACGUUACGCACUACCAGAUGAGCAUGAAAAACUCCUCAAUGAAUGUAACUUGUUGUACUGGGCAAAAUCUCUCCUUGACUUCACUUACGAAUACAUCGAUCACUGUAUCAAUGCCGCACCAACUCUGCCAUCUUUUCCAAUACCCCCGUCUCCCAUGGCAGACAUUAAGGCGGGGAUGUUUUCAGCGGUUUAUCUCCUUGAGGAGUGGGUGACGUCUGGUACUCCUAAUGAUCAGACAUUCGUGAAGUUCAUCCACAACAAGGACUACGGACCUUCACUUGAUGAGGAUGAAUACGGCUAUGACCUAGCCGUCUUUCUCUCGUUUACUCAGCACAUCCAGUAUGAAAAGACAGAGGGUCUGGCGUUCAUUUCUGAUUAUCAAGGCAGCACCGAGCUUCUGACUGAUCCUCAGAUUUUGACCCACCGCUCAGUCAAUGAAGGAAUUGAUCUUUUCGGUGACGGGAACAUUGCAAGUGUGGUGGACGACUUUAAGGCAAGGCACCUCUGUAACCACUAUUGCAAGUGGCCAGGAUUUGAGUUGGAAGUAUAUGCUUAG